AUGAACGGCCGUCGAGUUGCUCUCAUCGCAGUCCUCUUUCUUGUUGCCGCAGCAACUGUUGGUGCGCUCAAGUGUUACCAGUGUGAAUCGCACACCCAGGACGGAUGCUACCCCCUUGACACCAGACUCAUACAACCCACUGACUGCGGUCCCGAAGCCAAAUCAUGCACCACCCUUCGACAGGCAAGUUGUCUCAGCACUGCUCUCAAAUUCAUCACUGAUGCUGAAUUUAAGAUAAUAAUCAACAAUCAGACUGAGCCACGAGUGCGCUAUGUAAGAGGCUGCUCAGUAGAGCCGUCAAAAUCCUCGGUCUACUGUAUCGAACGGGCUGGAACUGGGAGUCACACUAAAAACCGGUUCUGUACAUGCGACAGCGACGGCUGCAAUCCAGCUAGAAGGAGCGUCGAAGUGGGAUUUUUUGUGCUGGCUAUUGUUCUACCUCUAACCCACGCACUACUUUAA